GGGACAGCGCGCUUUUUUCCACUUCUCAGGCUUUCCCCCCUCCCGUUAUCCAGAUGGUGUUCAGAUCACCACUCGAGUUUUUCUCAGCCUCCCGUCUCCUCCUGCCUCAUUACGCGGACGGGCCCCCUCUCCUGCCCCGCUCCCGGUCUCCGGAGGAGCCCCUCGCUGCUUGUCCUCCUCUGGCUCUUCCGGGACUCUGCUUCUCUGCGGCGCAGGUCGCCAGCGUCUGCGAGACUCUGGAGGAGACCGGGGACAUCGAGCGGCUGGCCCGCUUCCUCUGGUCCCUCCCGGUGGCCACGGGCGGCCGCGACUCCAUCUCUGAGCAGGAGUCCGUGCAGCGGGCUCGAGCCGUGGUGGCCUAUCACACCGGGAGUUUCCGUGAGCUUUAUCACAUCCUAGAGACGCAUCGCUUUACGCGCGCCUCUCACGGUAAACUUCAAGCGAUGUGGCUCGAAGCUCACUACCGAGAGGCCGAGAAGCUCCGCGGCCGGCCGCUCGGACCGGUGGACAAGUACAGGGUGAGGAAGAAGUUCCCGUUACCGAGGACCAUCUGGGACGGAGAGCAGAAGACGCACUGCUUCAAAGAGCGCACGCGGGGGCUGCUGAGAGAGUGGUACUUGCAGGACCCGUACCCGAACCCCGGGAAGAAACGGGAGCUGGCGCACGCCACCGGGCUGACACCGACCCAGGUUGGGAACUGGUUCAAAAACCGGAGACAGAGAGACCGAGCGGCAGCAGCCAAAAACAGACUGCAGCAUCAUGGGAUGGGUCCCGACAGUGCGCGUGCCAUUACCAGAGGAGAGUGCAGCCCUGACGAGAGCGCGGAGCGCGUGCACGGAGAGACACUUCUUUCGGUAACGGACAGUGACUCCGACUUUGAUGCCUGAGACUUUGAUACCCCACGGACAUGCAGGGACGCUGUGAGAUCUGUGCUGGUCGUCGAGGAUCACAGUUAGCUGUGGCAGUGGGAAGAGGAGAUAGGUUAGCUGCUCGCUACCGGCAAUGUGGUGGGGUGCACCUAAACUGAGUUAACCCACUGUGUUAUUCGCAGAAGAGGCUGAAAUUCAUCUCCGUGACUUCAAUCAUACUUCCCCUCAUCAGUGUUAGAAAACUGAUAAUAAAGAGCAAAAAAGCAUUCAUGAAAAUAUAUAUUUUUGUUUAUAUGGUGGUGGUUUGCCUUAUAAUGACCACCGACAGGAGGUCAUGAUUCAUCCACUUUUUAGCACCACCACAUCCCGCCACAGACGCUCAUUAGGCCCGGGACAAUCUGAUAAGAAUGUAUCCCAGGGGGAGCUCACAUGGGAACUUUUUUUUUUUUUUUUUACAAUGAAAGUGGUGUGAGUGACACCUAGUCAGUUUCAAUCGUUCUCUGUAAUUGGAAUCUUUUUAUGUUGAAAUCAAACCAGUCCUCGUUUUGCGUGGGGAGGGUCCCCCUGGAUGUCCCGGCCCUCACUUUGAGAACCACUGCUGUAGACAAUCGGACGCACUGAAGCCUACCUCCCGUCUAUUUGUAUGUUUAGGAAUCUAUUUUUUCUUAACCUCUACACAAACAUAGUCUACUUUUAUAUCAUGUGCACAAAUGGUAGUCCAGUGUACAGUCUGUGUGAUGCUUAUGUCCCAGUUUGUGUUCAGUUUGAUGUUGAAUAAAUGUGUUGGUAUUUUGUGUAAAUAAAUUAAUUUAAUAUA